AUGGCGUAUAUAGUAGAUCGGCAAGAGCCAAUCGCCAUUGUUGGAGCCAGCUGUCGGUUCGCUGGCGAUGCAACCUCUCCCUUAAAACUCUGGGAUCUUCUGUGCAAGCCAUUUGACCUUUCACGCGAGGUUCCUCCAGAGAGGUUCAGCGCCAAGGGAUUCUAUCACAAAGAUGGAGAGUACCACGGCACCACCAAUUGCAUCAAGGCGUAUUGGCUGAAUGAAGACUGCCGGGCCUUUGAUCCAGGCUUCUUUAACAUCACCCCCAAAGAAGCGGAAGCCAUGGAUCCGCAGCAGCGCCUCUUGCUAGAAGUUGUCUUCGAGGCCAUGGAGUCUGCAGGCUUCCCCCUUUCCCAGUACAGCGGUAAACGUGUUGGUGUCUUUGCAGGGUGCAUGACGCAAGACUACGAAGUCCUCUCUUCACGCGACGAGCUCACAACUUCUCAGUACUUCGCUACAGGAAACUCGCGAGCCAUGCUGUCCAACCGCAUCUCAUACUUCUUCAACUUCCAAGGCCCUUCUAUGACCAUUGACACGGCAUGCAGCUCCAGUCUUGUGGCCCUACACCAGGCCGUGCUAAGUCUGCGUGAGGGCGAUUGCUCAAUGGCGUGUGUGGCGGGUGCCAACAUGAUGCUCACACCAGAGCAGUUCAUUGUUGAGUCUGCACUGCACAUGCUGAGCCCUUCAGGGAAAUGCCACAUGUGGGACACUAGAGCUGAUGGCUACGCCCGCGGUGAAGGCUUUGCGGUGUUGCUUGUUAAGCGGCUUUCUCAUGCUAUUCGAGAUGGUGACAAGAUCGAAGCUGUCAUUCGUGCAACUGGCUCCAAUGCGGAUGGUCGAACCGCUGGCAUCACUAUCCCUAAUCCUCAAGCUCAAGCAGCACUCAUUCGGAGCACUUAUAAGAAAGCAGGUCUUGAUCCCAAGAAUCCAUCUGACCGGUGCCAGUACUUUGAGGCGCAUGGCACAGGUACUAAGGCUGGCGACCCGCGUGAAGCUGCUGCGAUCCAUGAGGCUUUCUUUGGCAACAGUGAGCCCAAGUCAAAGGCUGUGCAGUCUUCGCAUAAUCCUGAACAAAAGAUGCUUGUUGGGUCGAUCAAGACAGUAGUUGGACACACCGAAGCUGCUGCCGGUCUUGCAGGCGUGCUCAAGAUAGUCUGGAGUAUCAAUCAUGGACUUGUACCGCCGAAUUUGCAUUUCGAGCAUCUGAACCCGGAGGUGAAGCCCUUUUACACACACCUCCAGAUCCCCACUGUCUUGACGCCUUGGCCGGAUCCUCCUCCGGGUCAACCUCGCAGAGCCAGUGUUAAUUCUUUCGGCUUUGGCGGUGCCAAUGCACAUGCCAUCAUUGAGUCUUACAUCCCUGAAGUCCGCCCUGUCGUCUUAGCCACACCGCUUGAACUUGCAGCAAUUGGCUGCUGCCCUGAGCAAGCCACCACCCGCGUCUUGGCACCACAGCCACAGCUGAGUGCCUCUGCCAGCCCAGAUCCCUUUCAUCUGCCCCUUGUCAUCUCUGCAGCUUCUCACAAGUCUUUGCGAGAUCUUGUUCAGUCCUAUAGAAAAUACCUGGACGAGAACGACGUUGAUGUACACCAUUUGUCAUGGCAUCAGUUCUCACGAUGCACUGGUCUCCCGUACCAAGUUGCUUUCUCUGCGGCAACAAGGCCCGAUGCUCUGCGUGCCUUGGAUUCUCUCCUGCCCUCCAAUGGGUCAGCGAUUCCUCCUGAGCGCAUCAGCCGAUCUCAGGUUUCAGAUGCACCUCUGCGAAUCUUGGGGAUCUUCACAGGCCAAGGGGCACAAUGGGCCACUAUGUCCAGGACUCUGUUGCAGCAAAACAGCGUCUACCGCAACACCAUCCGCAAGCUCGACGGCGUUCUCACGUUUUGCCCUCAACCGCCCUCAUGGACCUUGGAGGAUCAUAUCAUGGCUGACAAAGAUGAAUCGUGCAUUGAUGAAGCAGCUGUCUCGCAGCCUGUUUGCACCGCCCUGCAGAUUGCACUUGUUGACUUCCUACGAAGCAUUGGUAUCGACUUCCAUACCGUGGUUGGACACUCAUCUGGGGAGAUCGCUGCCGCGUACGCUGCAGGGCGGAUUUCUGCAAAAGACGCCAUCUUGAUCUCUUAUCACAGGGGCAUGGUUGCACAUCUUGCUCGUGGCGCGGAUGGCCAAAAGGGUGCCAUGUCAGUGGCUCGCAUGUCAGAGCGUGAAGCUACCAGUCUUUGCCGUCGUUUUGCUGGCCGCAUAUGCGUUGCAGCAAGCAAUAGUCCAAACAGUGUAACGCUCUCAGGUGAUAUUGAGUGCAUUCGCUUAGCCCAUGACCAGCUGAAAGAGAACCGGACAGCAUCAAAGAUUUUGCAAAUUGACACCGGUUAUCAUUCACAUCACAUGCAUCAACCCGCUGAACAAUACACCGUGGCGCUUUCAGAAAACAACAUCUCUUCCAGUCCAAAAGGGAAUGGAAUCGUUUGGAUCUCAAGUGUGAAGGGCCGUUCUCGCAUCACACAGGAUUUGGACAUUGGAUAUUGGGCAGACAACAUGGUCAAUCAGGUCGAGUUCACCCAGGCCGUCAAAUAUGCACUGUCUCAGUCUGGCAGUGGCUUUGAUUGCGCCAUAGAAAUUGGUCCACACCCUGCACUGCAGUCUUCUGUCUCGGAGACUGCCAAACCUCUCGGCCGUACCAUUCUGUACACCAGCCCCUUGAACAGGACGAAAGACAGCAGCGUCUCGGUUUCAAACUUCUUGGAGUUCAUUUGGUCGAACUUUGGAUCCUCAAAGGUCGCGUUGGGUACAUACAUCGAACAGUCCCCUGUCCCAGAUGUGGUCAACUCAAGAUUGACAGAUAUCCCGUCAUAUCCUUUUGAUCACUCUGCCAGCUAUUGGCGAGAGUCACGCAUUAGCCGCCAAUAUCACCACAAGACUGAAGUCCCUCAUGAGCUUUUGGGUGUUCGGUGCCGAGAGGAUAAUAUAUAUGAGAUGAAAUGGCGGAAUAUUCUGAAGAUUGAAAAGCUCCCAUGGCUGGGGCAUCACCAGUUUCAGGGCCAGGCACUGCUACCUGCCUCUGCCUAUUGUAUCAUGGCACUUGACGCGGCACGAGCUUUCCUUGCAGGCCGACCCGCAUCCUUGGUCGAACUUCGAGAUAUCGAGAUCCUGAGUGGCAUUGCCCUUGAUCGAGACUCUGCCGGUGUUGAAACCCUCUUUACCCUAACGAUGUCUGAUGGGGACAAGGAGUUGUCCAAUCUCAACGGUACCUUUUCCUUGUAUUCAUGUUCUCCCGAUGGCGCGACCAAGAUGAAGAAGGACGCCACCGGAUCGUUGCACAUUGUUUUAGGCGAGCCAUCUUUGGAGGUUUUGCCACUUCGGCAACCGUCUCUGUCCGAGACAUCAGCUGCUGACGCUGAAGUUUUUUACGAGACAAUGAAUAAAGCUACUGGCCUUCUAUAUACUGGUCCUUUCAGGGCUCUAGAUACAAUUCACCGUCGCUAUAGAUAUUGUUGUGCGACCCUUGGUCGUUUCCACUCUGAUGACACUACCAAGCUGGGCAUCAGUCCAGCAACGCUCGAUGCUUGUUUCCAGACUGCAUUUUUGGCCUACGCCUAUCCGGGAGAUGGGUCAUUUUGGACGUCUUUCCUGCCAACGGGAAUUCGCCGAAUCAAAUUCAAUCUUGCCACACUGGCUAAUGCUGAUCCCAAAGGUUCGCUGACAGUUGAUACGAAUAUGGUCCGUUGCAUGCCACCGACCGAAGCAUCUCGUGCAUCGAUUGCGAUUGACAGUGCUAUCUUCAACAAUGCUGGAGAAGCAGAGAUCCAUGUCGAAGACCUUGUUGUUCGCGCCUUGGCCGACACUAACCCAAAAGACGAUUAUGAACUAUACCUCCAUACGGUGAUGGAUAUUGAUCCCGCUGAUGAGAUUGUUCCGCCCGACGAUGCUGUCUCAGCUGAAGAUAGUAACCUUUUGGCUGAGAAUUGUCGGAGAAUCACUUCUUUCAUUCUCGACUAUCAUGUUGCGGAGAAUAGCCCUAAAGCAACCAAGGGAUCAUUGGUCGAAACCCAGGAGGCCAUUGAUACCAUGAUCCGCAACUCGCAUCAUAGCGAUUAUUUGGCACAUAUCAAGGAAGCUGGACAACUAGACGUAAUCCGACUAUCUGAAGCACUACCAUCUAUUCUGAAGGAGGCCCGCCAAGUUUCCCUGUUCCGAAACCACUUGGGUCGCAUUGUGAAGCAGGUCGUUCAUCGAUAUCCAUGGAUGAACAUUCUCUACAUGCCCACUAAGCAGUUUGACCUUACUCGGAUUAUACUGGAUACCAUUGGUGGCUCCUAUCAGUCUUUCACUUUGGGUGUCAGCGGAGGAACUCCGUCCUCUGCAAGCCCACGCCUGGGAACUCAGCCAUCCGAAAGUUUCCAGGAGCUAGACAUCAACACCUUGGGUCAGCCGGGAACUCAGAUUGGAUCCGAAGUAUUGUUAGAUCUCGUGAUUCUUCCAACCACGCUGCUAGGCUACGAUGAUAUGACCAAGGCCUUGGAAGGUAUCAGUCGUGCAAUGAAGCAGGGUGGCUUUCUGAUUCUGAUUAAUCCAAACGUCGCCAUACUCAACACCCAGCCAGGAACACGCUCUGGCGACGGCACCAAUCGUCCUCCAACACCACCAGAAUGGCCUGAUAUCCUCGACGCUUAUGGCUUCACUCGACAAGCCCGGAACUCUGACCACUACCACCGAGCGGGCUACGUACUCGUGCGGCAAUUAGGUGAACGGAGGUCAUUCAAAUUUCCGGUGCAGGUGGAUGGUAGUACCACUGUUACUGAAAAUCUACUCUUUCUCCGGAGCGCCUCUGGGAAAGAUGAUAGUCAGCUGGUCGCUGGCCUCCAGGGCCGGAUUUCACCCCACUGUAGCCAUGUUACGUCCCGCUCACUCUACGAGGUGACCACACAAGAAUUGGAGGAUUGCACUGCUGUCAUCGUGCUGGCUGACCUCAGCGAGCCGGUCAUGUCGAACAUGACCCAACACACAAUUAGCCAGUUUCAAAUCCUCUUCCGGCCUGCCAUGACAGUACUCUGGGUGACAUGCGAUGCACGAAGCGGAAACCCAGAGGCCGCAGCCAGUUUUGGAUUUUUACGGACUAUGGUGGCAGAGGUGCCCAAUCUGAAACUACAAGUGCUGGACCUCGACCCCAAUGACGUUGAGUCUCCAGUGGACAGAAUAUCUUCAGCCUUUUAUCAACUAGUCUUUUCUAAAAAGGACAUAUCUAACAAGUCUAUGUGGACUUUGGAGCAUGAGAUUCACAUGGAAAAUGGACGACGCCUGAUCCCUCGUGUGAUGCCUUGGACACAAGCCAAUGACAGAGUCAACGCUCUUCGUCGCAUGGUCACGGUACCCGUGAAUACCAUCCAACAAUAUAUCGAGCUCGCACCAAAAGUCCUCCCGAACGACACCAUCUGCUUCUCACUCAACCACAUUGAACAGAGUCCUCGUCAACACUUACCGCCAGGCAGUGCGAUGAUUCGAGUAGAUUACAGUUCAGCUCUGCCACUCAAGCUAUAUAACGACAUUUCUCGCUACGUAUGCGUAGGACACAAUUGCUACACGGGCAAGCGGGUGAUAGCCUUGUCGAACACGAACUCGUCGUAUAUCGCAUCUCCGCCCUCAAUAGCUAUGACCUUAGAAGGAGACAAGCACCAGAGCCUGACCGUACUUCAUGAACUUAUCCGAUGCAUCACGGCUUUGACAAGUGUGUCUAUUGUCUCACCUGACCAUCCAAUUGUGCUCAUCGAUCCCGAUGUAGAGUUUGCAAAUCAGCUGAUAGCUCUCGCGUCGGAAAGCCAUAAAGUCAUCAUUGUGGGAACAUGCUGCAAUGAACACGAUAAAGCACGGUAUACGAAGAUACUGGAAUGCGAUAAACUUCGUCGCUAUGUGUCCGUCUGCCUACAUCCGCAGUGCUUGUUGGGAGAUUUGAAGCACGCCUUUCCACAGCGUGGUACCAUCUUCAACUUUCUGCCAGAUGAUCACCAGCUAACUAGACGAAUCAUGGCGUCGAUUUCGAACGAAUGUGCCAUCUAUACCGGUUUCACCACAUUCGUCUUGAAAGCACUACUGCACAAUGAAGACCUCCCGGUGCUCAGCUUCGCAUGGAAUAUGGCUUUGCGCUCCGUUGCACGACGAUCUUUGGAGAAUGCUCAGGAACCUCGGGAAUCUGAUCUCAUUACUACAGUCUCACUGCGAGAGCUGCAGUCGCGCGCAAUGAGUGCGCAGUCAUUCCAGAUUGUUGACUGGAAUCGGGACAGUCAUGUCCUUCGCUCGAUCAACCACACCGUCGAUGGGCCCCUCGUCUCCUCCAAUAAGACCUACUAUCUGUUUGGUAUGACCCGCGACUUUGGCCACAGUAUCUGCCGCCUCUUACUCGAGCAAGGAGCAAGAAGUAUCGUUCUAGCUAGCCGAAACCCAGACACCUCCUUGAACUGGGUCACUGAGCUUAACGCUAUAUAUGCCGCGGACAUCCGAAUCAAAAGAGCCGACGUGACAAACAUAGAAAGUCUUCACGCGUUAAAGAAAGACACCGCCAAAACCAUGCCACCUGCGGGCGGCGUCGUGAAUGGCGCCAUGGUGCUAGACGAUUGCCUGUUCGCGCAGAUGACCAUCGAGACAUGGAAUCGAGUGCUGCACCCAAAGACAAUCGGCUCAGCGAACUUAGACACGGUGUUCUCGGAGCCUGACCUCGACUUCUUCAUCAUGACGUCGUCGUUCGCCGCCAUCGGUGGACACGCAGGGCAAUCCAAUUACGCGGCCGCCAACAUGUACAUGAACGGCCUGGCCGCUCAGCGACGCAAGCGCGGUCUGGUUGGAAUGGCACUCAACAUCGGCGUUAUCUACGGUCUCGGCUUACUCCAGCGCGAGAAGACGUAUCUAUACGCCGGACUCGAGAAGGACGGAUACCCGCCCAUCUCGGAGCGCGACCUGCAUCACAUGUUCCUGGAGGCCGUCGUGGCAGGUCGGCCCACAACGGACGGGGAUUGCGCGAAAUAUCACCAAGAGCACGUCCCAUUCGACAUUACUACUGGACUGCGACGGUUCCGUCGGGGGUCACCGCAGCCGCUUCACUGGCACGAAGACCUGCGAUUCGGACACUUCGCGAUGCGACCCGAGGCAGAUUCCGCAAACGUGGACAGCACAAACAAUACCAAGAGGAGCCUUCAGGAGGAGCUCGCAUGCCUCUCGCAUAAUGAGGCCGUGGCGAACGCCAUCAGCGCCGCGCUAGAGCAGAGACUGCGCGCGCUCAUGCAGCUCCCCGACAGCAUGGCCAUCGACAUGCACAGCAGCCCGAUGGAUCUCGGCCUCGACUCGCUGACGGCCGUGGAGGUGCGCACCUGGUUCAACAAGAGCCUCGGUCAGGAUUUCGCCGUUAUGAAGAUUAUCAACGCGACUAGUAUCCUGCAGCUGUGCAACGACUGCGCAGAGCAUAUCCUAGCCCUUCGUGCCGACAAAAACAAGGCGUAG